GCAGUUGGCUUCACUGUGAGAAGUUCCUUGAAAUGUUGCUGCUCUUCAGGUGUGGAAUUUCUAGAGGGGAUUUCCGACACAGAGCUUUGACAAAGCUGGCAGUUACCAACCUGUUGCUUGGAUGUCCGUUAAUUCAGAAUUUACACGUAAAAGUUGGAGACAAAGCUGAACUUACCAGAGUUUUUACACAGAAUGACGUUCUUACUUUUUCUCAUUUAACAGGUGACACAAAUCCUUUGCAUUUAAGUGAAGAUUUUGCAAAGAAAACUAAAUUUGGUAGAACUGUUGUGCAUGGAGUUUUGAUCAAUGGACUUAUUUCUGCAGUUCUGGGUACUAAAAUGCCUGGUCAGGGCUGUGUGUUUCUUUCUCAGGAGAUUCGAUUUCCAGCUCCUCUGUAUACUGGAGAAGAAGUGAUAGCUGCAGCGGAAGUGAAACGACUGAAGAGCUCUAUUGCACACAUCUCUGUGUCUUGUAAAGUCAGAGAAAGUGGAAAGACUGUUAUGGAAGGGAUGGUGAAAGUCAUGGUGCAUGCAAGUUAGAGCUGUUGAUCUUGCGUUACUUCCUAGUAAAGACAGAAACAUA